CACGUGAGGGUGAGCAAGACUGUUUUCCCUAUAAAAAUCCUUUUGUGAACUUAUUUUAAUCCUGAGCCACAUGUUAAAAUUAUAAUCGCUCAUCUUAUAUUAUUCAAAGUUUAGCUGCGUUUUUAUCGUUACGAUGGAGCUCGAUCUGUAGCUCCAUGGUAGCUUUUCUUGAUCUAUUUCUCGUGUAGAAAAUAUUAUUUGGAACAACUUUCGGUAUUCUAAAAUCUAAAAUGGGGAAACUCCGAAAGAAACACAACUGGAAAGGAAGACAGCAGAACGAGUCACAGCAGCCAGCAGAUGAAGAGAAAACAGACGUGGUGGUGGAGUUACAAGACAAAGACAGACUCAAAGGUGUAGAUGAGAGCAACGCUUUGGUCCUCCCCGCCAGCAAAGCCAAGAAGAAGGUCUCGUCUGUGAAGAAAGUUUCCACUAAAAAGCCUCUGACGAAGAAGCAGAGGAAGGAGCUGCAGAAGGUCCUGGAGCGAAAAGAGAAGAAAGCACAGAGAGCUGACAUCCUGUCCAAACUGGCUGACGUGCAGCUGCCAGAGUCUGAACUGAAGCUGCUUUACACCACAUCCAAACUGGGAACAGGAGACAAACUUUACCAGAGUAAACAAUCGUCUGAGGACGCAAAGGACGGAGACACAGACCCAAAAAUCAGUAGCGUCAGUGGAGCAAACAGGAAGAGAAAAUGGAAGGAAGAGGAAGAAGAUGAAGAAGAACAAAAAGCAGAAGAAAGCAGUGAUCUGGAUACUUCAUCUGAUGAUGAUGAGGAGGAGGAGAAUGAUGAAGAGAAUAACAUCAUGGAAGCAAGUGAUUUGAAAGAGAACACUUCUGCUUGUCAGGAGACCACACAAGAAAUGAAAGAAGAGCAGAAAACUGUGGAACAAGAUAAACAGAACCAAAAGAAAGAUAAGGGGAACGCCAAAAACAAGAUCAUGUCCCAGCCAACUAUUUUCAUUCCGGUCGACAGAUCACCAGAAAUUCAGGAGGCUCGUCUGAAGCUCCCCAUCCUGGCAGAGGAGCAGGUCGUCAUGGAGGCCGUGAGAGAAAACCCCUGCGUUGUCAUCUGCGGAGAGACGGGAAGUGGAAAGACGACCCAAGUGCCUCAGUUCCUGUAUGAAGCCGGCUAUGCGAGUGGUGGUGGAAUUAUAGGCAUCACAGAGCCGAGGAGGGUAGCAGCGGUCAGCAUGUCCCACAGAGUGGCCAAAGAGAUGAACCUGCCCACACAGGUGGUGUCAUACCAGAUUCGAUAUGAAGGAAAUGUGACAAGUGACACAAAGAUCAAAUUCAUGACGGAUGGUGUCCUGCUGAAGGAAAUUCAAAAGGAUUUUCUGCUUCAGAGAUACAGCGUGAUUAUCAUUGAUGAGGCCCACGAAAGGAGCGUGUACACAGACAUCCUCAUUGGAUUAUUGUCUCGUAUCGUCCCUCUGAGGAACAAAAAAGCUAAGCCCCUCAAGCUGCUCAUCAUGUCUGCGACUCUGCGGGUGGAGGACUUCACAGACAACCAGAAACUGUUUAAGACGCCGCCGCCGGUCAUCAAGGUGGACGCUCGUCAGUUCCCCGUCACGGUCCACUUCAACAAGCGCACGCCGCUGGAGGAUUACACCGGGGAGGCUUUUCACAAAACCUGCAAAAUCCACCGCAUGCUGCCUCCAGGUGGUAUUCUCGUGUUUCUCACUGGUCAAGCCGAGGUGCACAGUCUCUGCAGAAGACUGAGGAAUGCUUUCCCCUUCAGGAAGAGCAGCACAGUCACAGCAGAAGGAGAAGAAGAAGCAGACACUUCAGAGGCGAUGAGGAAGUUCAAGAAAGCCAAACAGAAGAAAACCAUGUCUCUGCCCAGAAUCGACUUGGAUAACUACUCUGCCCUGCCGGUGGACGAAGGGGACGAGGACAGAGAGGCGGGUAUUGAAGACGAGGACGACGGAGGCUCGGACAUCGACCUGGGAGACGAUCCCACCGAUGGAGAGACGAAGGCGGACCCGUCCAUCCCUCUCUAUGUUCUCCCUCUCUACUCGCUGUUGGCCCCGGAGCAGCAGGCGAAGGUGUUCAGGCCGCCUCCGCCCGGCACACGCCUCUGCGUUAUCGCCACCAACGUGGCCGAGACGUCUCUGACCAUCCCCGGCAUCAAGUACGUCGUCGACUGCGGUCGAGUGAAGAAGCGUUUCUACGACCGAGUGACCGGAGUGUCGUCCUUCAAAGUGACCUGGACCUCUCAGGCCUCGGCCAAUCAGAGAGCGGGAAGAGCAGGAAGAACCGAGCCGGGACACUGCUACCGGCUGUACUCGUCUGCCGUGUUUGGAGACUUCAGCUUGUUCUCAGAGGCAGAGAUCACACGCAGACCUGUGGAGGACCUGGUUUUACAGAUGAAAGACCUCAACAUAGAAAAAGUGGUUAAUUUUCCGUUUCCCACGCCUCCCUCUGCUGAGGCUCUGGCUGCAGCAGAGCAGCUUCUGGUCUCUCUGGGAGCUCUGGAAGAGCCGCCGCGCACAGGACGUGUGAAAGCAAUGCAGCGAGCGAGGCUGACCUGUCCCAUCACGCCGCUGGGCAGAGCCAUGGCUUCCUUCCCUGUAGCACCGCGCUACGCUAAAAUGCUAGCGCUCGGGAAGCAGCAGGAUUGCCUGCCGUAUGUUAUCGCUGUGGUGGCAGCCAUGACGGUCCGGGAGAUCUUCGAAGAUCUUGACAGACCUGCUCGCAGUGAGGAUGAGAACUCCAAGCUGACCCAGCGUCGAGCUCGGCUCGCGCAGAUGAGGCGUCUCUGGGCCGGCCAGGGAGCCUCGCUCCUGCUGGGGGACCUCAUGGUCAUGCUGGGAGCUGUUGGUGCUUGUGAGUUUGCUGGCUGCACGCCCAAGUUUUGUGAGGACAACGGGCUGAGGUAUAAAGCCAUGGUAGAAAUCAAGCGGCUCAGAGGACAGCUCACUAAUGCGGUGAACGCCGUGUGUCCAGAGGUGUCCGUGUUUGUGGAUCCAAAGAUGACCCCGCCCACGGAGCUCCAGGUGGUUUGCCUGCGUCAGAUUGUUCUGGCCGGACUGGGAGACCACCUGGCAAGGCGAGUUCAAGCUGAAGAUAUCCUGGACCCAAAAUGGAAGAAUGGAUACAAAACUCCACUUAUGGACGACCCAGUGUUCAUUCAUCCUAAUUCUGCGCUUUUCAAAACCCUGCCAGACUUUGUCGUCUACCAGGAGAUCAUGGAGACCACAAAGAUGUACAUGAGAGGAGUUUCUGCUGUGGAAGCAGAGUGGGUGCCGCAGCUUCUGCCUCAGUACUGCCACUUCGGCUCUCCCCUCGAGGCUCCAACUCCGUGGUUUUGCUCGUCCACCGGCACCAUCAGAUGUCACCGCCCAAGCACCUUCUUCCGUGUGGGGUGGCAGCUGCCUGCGGUGGAGAUGGACUAUCCAGACGGCCUGGAGCGCUACAAACUGUUCGCCAGGUUUCUUCUGGAGGGACAGGUGUGUUCUAAGCUAAAGAAACACUGUGGCCACCUUCUCUCAAACCCCUCCAUCAUGCUGAAAACAUGGGCAAAGCUGCAGCCCAGGACCGAAGCUCUGCUGGGACAGCUUGUGUCAAAGAGGGUUGACUGCAGGGAGACACUUCUGUCUGUCUGGAAGACUGAAGAGAAAUUUCUGUUGUCUGCAUACUGCCAGUGGUUACCUGAAUCCAUGCAUCAAGACAUUGCCAAAAACUGGCCUCCUGUGUGAGAUUUGCAUCUGGAAAGAAAAAAAAUGAGACAAUGACCUUCUAACCAGCAGUUUGACAUUGCCCAACACAUCAGCAGAACACUUCCCCUUUUCCAAUAUUCCGUUUUGUACACUAUAUGUGUGGCUGUGACGUUGUACCCAAGCAGAUGACGUCUGUAAUGCAGUGGUCGUGUACGUGAACCAUUGUCAUUAAUCUAUGACUCAGUUGGUCUUUAUAAGACUAAUAAAAUCUGUGAUUCUGAAUAAGACUGUGUUGGUUGUGAUCAAUAAAAGUCUGAAAGUUGG